CCGGAACCCGCGUCCUUGUUUUCCAGUGGGAAAGCGCCGGAAACGCCGGCAAGCACCGCCCCCAUGUGGCCUGGCGCAUGCGGCGCACACGGCGCAUGGUGGCUGCUGGCCGUCCGCCUCGCGCGUCCGGCGAGGGGGGAGAUGGAGCUGAGCCUUGCGGAGGCCAUGCCGGGGCCAGUGUUGCCGCCCUGCGAGAACGGGGAGAUCCCCUUGGAGGAGGAGUGUCCCGGCACCUUCUGGCGCGCCUACGCCGCGCGGCUCUUCGCCGCCCGCGCGGCGCUCUUCGUGUCUCCCGCGGUGGCGGUGGAGGCGCUGGGCGAGCUGCUCCUGGAAGCCACCACGCCCUUCUCAGGGGCCUUUGCGUGCCCGGGCGCCAUCGUCAGCAGCUUCUUUGCCUUGGCGCGCCUCCUAGCGCUGCAGCGGCGAUGGCGACGGAGCCUGGCGAUGCUUCACUUAGGCUUUAUCUUCGUGCGGGACCGUGGCUUCAGUGAAUGUUCGACCUGGCCAGCCCAGGGCUGGGACGUCAUGUUGGCCGGGCAAGCGCUGACCGAGCGAGUGCGCCUGUUGGACGACGAGUCCGUUCUCUCCACCGUGAGCCGUGGCUUUCGGAUUGACGGUCUGCGAGUGGCGGUGGUGACGAUCUGUGCAUAUGCGGAGGACGCACCCGUGCGGGUCCUUUGCCAUCAAAACCGGCAGCUGUACAAGAUGCUUCAUGGCUACGAUGUGCACUUUUUCACCGAUGCAUCGCAGAUCGAUGUCAACAUUGAUUCGCAGAUGGAUGUGAAAGAUGGUGUCCACAAGCCCUUCUUCUGGAAAGUCAAUGCGGUCAAGAAUGUUUUGGACACGGGGAAGUACGAUUGGGCUCUUUGGAUGGAUUGCGAUGCCUUCUUCAUGGAUCCAGGGCGCACCAUUGAUUCGGUGAUCCACAUGUAUAGUGCCAACCGAAGCAUCGCCUCCCGCCUGCCGGUGGGUCCGGGCGUCCCGGACCAGGACGUGGCUUCCGGCUGGCACGAGCUGGCUGAAGGAGAGGCCUCGCUGAUUCUGGCCGUGGACUCCACAGGCAUCAACAACGGCGUGUGGCUCCUGAAGAACAGCAAUUGGUCCCAUCGCUUCUUGGAGCGUUGGUGGCGCUCGGAUAUCCUCUCUGGCCCGGGAAAGGAGCACAACUGCAGCGAUCAGUCCACCAUGCUCCAUGCGUUGCUCUACGAGCGAGCCAUCCAGCUGAACCAGACCUGGGACUCCUUUGAGUUGCCGAUCUAUCCGCCGGAAGUCCGCGUGGCACGGCAGGAACACCUGCAAUCCUUUCAUGCAGCCACCGCGCAGACGGCCCUGUCACGUGCAUGGCAGGACGGCGAUUUCAUCAAGCACCAUCCUGGCUGCCACUACUACAAGGUGCCAUGCCAGCAGCUCUACCAGGAAGCGCAGGAGAUCUUUUGGAACAAAGUGGUCCUGUCUCAGACGCUCGCGGCCGGUGGAGUGGGUGACGCGUCCGGUGAACAGGGCGAGGCAAAAAAGGGCGACAUCAAGAAGAACGGCAUGGGUGCUUUGGAGAAGCUCCUCGGCUCUCAGCCUUUGUGGGCGAUCAGCGGCGAUCAGGGUCAGGCAACACAACGGUCCCCGGACAUCCAUGGUUUUACACGCUGGAGCACUGCAUUGAGGUACUGGAAAGAUGAGAAGCUCAUGGCUAAGAUCUCCAAGGCGCCGAACCCAACACCCAGCGGAGCGACGUGA